AUGAGUUUCCAGUAUCCCGGUGUGGACUAUGACCUGCGCAACCGCGUUGAUGAUUUUGGCAUUGGCCACAACAACACGCACUGGAAGAAUAUUGGGCGUGACAGUGAAAGAUCCCAUGCCAUGAGCGUGAGCGCCGACCUUGCAGGAUGCACAUCGCCUAUCCUGCAAGUGCGCGAGGUCGCAAUGAUGAUCUUCAUGGACAAGAUCACAGACAAGGAGAGUUGGGAAGAGAAACACGACGACAAGGUGCACAUGCCGCGCAAGGCGAGGAUCCUCUCCGAAAAUACCUUCAACUAUAGUAUUGCCGAGCUGCGAAAUAAAGCGACCUACUUCAAAUCAUCCAAGCUCAUCCCGACCCUCGAUGCUGGCCAUCACACCGUUGUCAAGUCCGACAACUUGGUUGGUGAUGAGAUCCACGCCGAACUGGCUGCCGCGUUUGACAAGCUUCAGAGAGAGGCUCUUGGGAACGAAGACUGGCAUCCAGGAAGUGAUGAAGUGCAACAAAAUUUUGUUCAUCCUUCCAUGUAUCCGCUCACGACACCACUCUUGGACCAUAUCGGCAGCGGCUCAAUUGCUUCCGAGUAUUGGUCCGAAAAGUGCCAAUGGCUUCCCUCACUGGUCGACGUGAGGAAUGGCGCGCCCAAGUUCGCCAGUUACAUCAACGGGCGACAGCACCCUGAAGUCUAUGGCGCGGUAGAGAAGCUCAUCGACGCUGUCAUAACGGCAUGGGACCAGUGCUUGCGGGACACGAACAGGUACACCGUAGAGACUCCCGCUAGACGACCGUCAACACGGCUCAAGCGGUUUCAGGAGGCCGAUGACGACAAUGAGUCGCUUUGGGAAUCAUGCGACCUCGAAGAGUGGAGGGAUAUCCAGAAUGAGCCAAGCAAAGACACUCUCGAGGAAAUUGCUGGCCAACUCGACUUGGAAGAUGACAGGCACGGCCCGCCUAGCCAGAGUGACGAAUCAGAAUGGGAAAGAAGCCGGAACAGCCCACGAGAACUGACUGAGGAUGAAAAGCAGCUAGCUAAAUGGCUCGAACUGCGAGAUCUCGUGCAUCCCGAGCCACCUGGGUUUGAGACAAUCAACUACGAGCCGCAGCACGCGAGUAUCUGUCAAAGAUUGGCCAAACACGGCCUUCAAAUCAUCGUCACGAUGGCCUCUGCCGAGCGGACGCCGGAGAAGCCCGAGUUUGCUGGUGGCAACUGGCAUAUGAGCCAAAUCCUGCGGCGGGAUGCGAGCGCGCUCCCCGAAGGCUGCAUGACUCUCGACGAGGCCAAGGAGCACCGCCUGGCACUAAUGGAAGAGCGCACCGCGAGUACGAACAAGAUGGAGGAAAGUUGGGUCAAAACGGAACAUAACUUCUGCGAGCACUGA